AUGACACAUCUGACCACCCUAUCAACCAUCAUCGCCGGUGGCGGCCGAUACGAUCUCCACAAAGACAUGAUAGGCUCGAUAUUAGCAGCCUUGCCAGAGUCCUGCAUCAACCUAGAACUUGAUCUGGAUCCUGUCAAUAUUGAAUCCAAAGGUCCCGGAUCAGCUCAUAUAUGCGAGAUGAUUUCUCCGCACCUGUCCCGGCUGCACCACCUCCGUCUGGAAAUUGGAACGAUCUGUCCGGCCCUUUUCGGUGAUCACUUUGCCAUAGACGGAUCACUCCAGCGUGAGAAUCCUCCUCCUCUCUCUCAUUACUAUUACCCCGCUCUUCAGACCUUCAUCAUCAACUGCAAUUUCUGGGGCAGUGCCUUGACCUGCAAUAUCAAUGGCGCCACCGCGGCGAGUGAAGCCUUACCACCGGCGCGGGUAGCAUUGGUGCAAUGCCUGAGGCACCUGUUUCUACGCGGCAGCUUUCCGCGGAUCCAACGUCUUUGGCUUCUCGACGGUCAACUCAACGAUAACAACGACGAGUCAGUCUACGCCGCCUGGAACCGCAGGGAUAUUGUCAAUAACAAGACCUGGGCAAUACCCUGGGUCGAUGUAAAGGGACCAACGCCUAUAAGCUUCUAUUCUGUUAUUCGAACCCCCGAGGGCCGCGAAUUGGUCACUCCCUCACAAUAUACAUCGGUCUUUGCCGAGGAUCAAACGUGGAAAGAGAGUACGUUGGGAUCCCGGUUUCCGGCUGCGGUUUUGGCGGAUCGGGGAGAUUUUAUCGUUCGGGAUCCACCGGCCCUCAGUGUUUCCGAGUACCGGUCCAUGUAUAAGGGAAGUUGUUUGGCGUGGAGACAUGAGCAGAUAACGGGCAGGAAACUCCUGUGGGCCACACAGAGAGAGGGUCUGGUCGACCGGUCACCGUUGCAUGAGAUUACGCCUCCAGGAUGGAGAAGAGGGAUUGGUUACGAGGGAGCGAUAUAUCCGAUCCCAUCUGGUCCCGCCGUGACUCCCCCGCCCGACCCUGAAGAAGAAGACCUGGACCAAGAGUGCGCUCUCGAAUUCAGUCUUCCCCUGCCGACCUACAGAGGAACCAUCGGCCAAACCACCACCAGUGUCCCCAUCGCCACGCCACCCCCGGCACCGUCCCCAUCGUCGCCUCCGGCUCCCGCCCCGCCUGGCCGGAACCCGGCGACGGAAUCCUACCACUGCUACGACUCGGGCUCGUGGAUCUCCCGGGCGGCCGCCAUCCAAGCCAUCGACAACUUCUGCAAUACCUGGGAUGGAACGGUGUUGGACGCGUCGCAACCCAACACUCUGCGCACGUUGACCAGCUACUCCUACGAUGACUGCAUAGGCGAUCUCGAUGCCUGCUUGUUACAGACCAUUGUCUCUGUUACGGUCGUCAAUGGUUGCGGGUUCACGAUGGACGGACCGUCCCCGGACCAGGACUGUGGUCGAAUCCUGCGCGAGCCGAUCGAUAAAUGCAAUACGGCCAGUACCCAGUUUAAGCAAGGUGGGACGGUGACGAGCAAUUGUGCUGAGUGGCGGAUUGAUCCGGGGGUAUAUUGGUGA